GGCUUUACCAGUUUGGUAUCAGAGCAACUGUAUGAGCCAAAGUCUGCCGUCGACGAAGGGAAGCUUGAAAACUCUUGUUAACUCUGAUUACAUGAGGGAGUUUCGUGGGUCGUUUGCCAAUAGCAUAUAACUGUUCAUAAGGAACCCUCUAGAGAAGAAAUCUUCAAGAUCAAUCAACCAUAAACUUCAUUGUGACAGAGAUUCGAGAGCCGUAAUGAGUGUUCGUCGGCACUGGAUUUCUUUAACUACUCCAUAUUUAUGUUAUAAUGUUUGUGUUGAACUGGGAUUCUGAAUUUCAUAUAGGGGUUUCAUGUUUGGCGAUUUAUCUUGCGAGGAUGCGCACCAUGUGUUCGAUAAAAUGCCUCAGUUAGCAGCUUGGUAUCUUGGUUCUUCAUGUGCUGUUUUGACUGUUCUUCUUCCAGCAUUGACAUGUUUAUGGAGUUAUUGAACCCAGUUUUACUUCAGGAAUUUUAGUUUUGUUACGAGAGAUUUCAUCAUUCAUGUUGGUUGGAAAGAACUGAAGUGAUUGAGGUGAACGGAAAAUUUCAAUUGUUUAGUCUGCUCACAGAAAUUUCUCCCGAUGGGAAAGUAUUUGGUAUGAAGCUCGACCAGGGAAUAUUGAGCAAGAAGUUACAACAAACUUUAGUCACUUAUAUUCAAGUUAUGGUGAGCUCGUCAAAGGAAAUUCUAGAAGACGUUGGAGACCUUCCUUACAUGUUGUGCAAAGUUGAGCUUCAAGAUAGAGAUAAAUGCUCAACUUUGUACAACAUGUAAGGAAGGUCUCCAACAUCUUCUAGAAUUUCCUUUGACGAGUUCACCAUAGCUUGAAUAUAAGUGACUAAAGUUUGUUAUAACUUCUUAGCUCUCGUCCUUGUAAUUGGACCUUAAGGUAUGCAAAAAUGCAAUUUGGGGGUAUUCGAAGAUUUUGCUGGAUCAACAUGAGGAGCUUUUCAGUUUCACGAAGUGUAAAUGCUUGCAGAGUCGAUACAUCCUUUGUUUCAGAGAUUGGAGAAUGUGUUCAGAGUUCUAAAAACUAUUCAGCUCUCGCCUUUACUGAUGAUGAAAUUGGCAAGGGAACGGAGAAAAGGAAACUGGCCAUGAACCUGGCCUCGCUUGUCGAAGAAUCUCUUGAUGUUGAUAUGAAAACAUCCAAGACUCAAAUGGAACCCGAGAGAUCCCUUGAAAAGGGAACGGAGAAAAGGAAACUGGCCAUGAACCUGGCCUCGCUUGUCGAAGAAUCUAUUGAUGUUGAUAUGAAAACAUCUAAGACUCAAAUGGAACUCGAGAGAUCCCUUGGAAAGGGAAUGGAGAAAAGCAAACUGGCCAUGAACCUGGCCUCGCUUGUCGAAGAAUCUAUUGAUGUUGAUAUGAAAACAUCUAAGACUCAAAUGGAACUCGAGAGAUCCCUUGGAAAGGGAAUGGAGAAAAGUAAACUGGCCAUGAACUUGGCCUUGCUUGUCGAAGAAUCUCUCAAUGUUGAUACGAAAACAUCGAAGACUCGAAUGGAACUCAAGAGAUCCCUUCAAAUUCAGAUUAAGAAGAGGGUGAAGGCGCAGUAUGUGAACGGGAAGUUCUUGGACUUGAUGGAGAAAGUGGUUGCCUGCCCGAAAACUCUUCAAAACGCAUAUGACUGUGUUAGAAUUAACUCAAACGUUGACGUAACAUCGAAUGAUCAUUUAAUCUCAUUCGAACCUAUGGCUGAAGAGCUUCGUAAUGGUAAUUUUGAUAUCAAUGCCAAUACUUUCUCCAUAUCAAGUUCAAGAAAAGAAGUACUCAUUCUACCAAAUCUAAAGUUGAAGGUUCUUCAGGAGGCCAUUAGGAUUGUUUUGGAGUGUGUUUUUAGGCCACAUUUUUCCAAGAUAUCUCAUGGCUGUCGAAGUGGAAGAGGACACUCAACAGCAUUGAAGUACAUCAAAAAAGAGAUAAAAAAUCCUGAUUGGUGGUUCACAGUCAACUUAAGCAAAAAGAUGGAUGAACUUAUGAUGGCUAAACUCAUUACAGUAAUGGAGGACAAGAUAGAAGAUCCCAAUUUAUUUGCUGUCAUUAGAACUAUAUUUGAUGCUGGAGCACUGAAUUUGGAGUUCGGGGAUUUCCCGAAAGGUCACGGUCUUCCACAAGAGGGCGUUCUGUCUCCUAUAUUAAUGAACAUCUAUCUAAACCUCUUUGACCAAGAAUUCUUUAGAUUAUCUAUGAAAUAUGAAGCUAUCAAUGAAUAUAGUAAUGCAGGUCAAGCUGGAUCAAAGUCAAAGCUGCGUAGCUGGUUUCGAAGACAAUUGAAAGGAAAUGAUUCCGAAUAUCCAGGCGACGAGAAAGGUGACAUAAGAGUAUACUGUUGUCGCUGUAUGGACGAAAUCUUUUUGGCUAUAUCAGGUUCUAAAGAUGUUGCUCUGAGGUUUAGAUCUGAGAUUUUAGAUUUCUUACAGAAUUCUUUGCAUUUGAAUGUUCAUCAUCAAGAGGAAAUGGUAUCGUGUCGGGCUACUCACGGAAUUCGUUUUCUUGGUUGUUUGGUUAGAAGAAGUGAGCAGGAAAGUCCUGCUGUAAAAGCUGUUCAUAAGAUGAAAGAAAAGGUUGAGCUAUUUGCUUUACAAAAGCAGGAGGCUUGGAAUGCUUGGACAGUGUGGUUGGGGAAGAAAUGGCUCGCUCAUGGCUUGAAGAAGGUGAAAGAGUCAGAGAUUAAGCAUUUAGCUGAACAGAGCCCUUCUUUGAAUCAAAUUUCGAGUUUUCGUAAAGCCGGGAUGGAAACCGAUCAUUGGUACAAGGCUUUACUAAAAAAUUGGAUGCAAAAUAUAAACGCAAGAGCUGCAGAGAGUGAAGAAACAAUCUUAUCUAAGCAUGUAGUGGAACCUUCUCUUCCUCAGGAACUUAGAGACUCCUUUUAUGAAUUCCAACGGUGUGUGGAAGAAUAUGUUUCUUCUGAGACAGCUUCUACUAUUGCUCUUUUACCAAAUUAUGAUCCUUCUGCCAAAGUGACUUUCGUAACUGAGAUUAUAGCUCCAGUCAAUUCCAUUGGAAAACGACUACGGCGAUAUCGGCUACUCACGAAUAAAGGGUAUCCAUGCCCCUCUCCUUUCCUCAUCGUACAAGAUGACACUCAAAUUAUUGACUGGUUUUUCGGAGUAGCUCGUCGUUGGUUUAGAUGGUACACCAAUUGUUCUAACUUCAGUGAGUUGGUCUUAAUUUGUGAUCAAGUUAGGCAAUCUUGUAUCCGAACGCUAGCAGCAAAGCAUCGAAUACACGAAAGUAUCAUAGAAAAGAAGUUUGAGUCAGAGCUGAGUAAGAUUUACUCCACCCCUGAUAUAGAACAAGAACAGAAGGAAUCAUCAGAUACCAAUGGUUUAGACAAUGAUGAGGCAUUGAUGUAUGGAAUUUCAUACAGUGGUUUGUGUUUGCUAUCUCUUGCUAGAAUGGUUAGCCAAUCUCGUCCUUGUAAUUGUUUUGUCAUGGGGUGUUUGAGUCCUGCACCAAGUGUUUAUACUCUUCAUGUCAUGGAGAGACAAAAGUUUCCGGGAUGGAAGACUGGAUUCUCGAGCUCCAUCCACCCGAGCUUGAACAGACGACGAUUUGGGUUAUGCGAGAAACAUUUGAAGGACUUGUAUCUUGGUCACAUUUCAUUGCAAUCUGUUGACUUCGGUGCAUGGAAUGUUAAGAACUACUAAUCCCCACAAUGGUAUGAUAUUGUUCACUUUGAGCAUAAGCUCCGUGACUUAGCUUUUAGUUUCCCCAAAAUGUCUCAUACCAAUAGCUAACGUGGGACUACUCCUCUCAAUAAUCAUCAACAAUCCUCCCCUCGAACAAAUUACACCACAGGGUUGACUCUUGAGUCACCUUCGAGACUCACAACUUCUUAAGAAAGUGAGUGGUUUUUGUUCUGUGCAUGAUCUCAUUUAGCUUGUGCAUGGGAUAGAUUUGCUGAGAGAAACGCCAUGGGUGGAGCUUCAUGGUGCCAGGUUUGAACAGCAUUCAAUUGAAUACGUGCUGUUUAUAUUGAUAUCAUGUUGGAAACCUUCUCAAUUGCUCGGAUGAAGAAUAUUAAUUAUGUUUGAGCUAA